GUCACCCAUGCUGGAAACACAAGAUCAAAAUAAGAAGAUACCUGCAGCUCUCCCAUACAAUAUUCACAACAUGCUGUUUUCUGGAUUCUUUCCUGUUGUGUAGCUGUUAAUUAUUAUUAUUUUUUUUCCAGUUUUCAGCAGUAGCUGAUGAUGGUAAAUGUGUUCAUCUCAGGUGAUCUUUCCUGAACUGAGAAAUGAAAACUGUGGAUAAAUUUAUCUUUGUUUAUUCUAUAUUUCAAGCUGUUUUGUGUAGAGAAUUCUCCAUCACUCUACCAGAGAGUGUAGAAGCUCUGAGAGGACUCUGUGUUCUCAUACCCUGCAGUUUUCAGAUUGAAGAACGAUAUGACGCAGACCUCCAGGGAGAUCCUACAGGAAUCUGGUUAAAAGAUGGCACUAAUGUUGUCAAAAACAAAGUCUUUAAUUCUAAAGUAAAUACAGAGAACAAGAUUGAAGGUGAAAUUAUUGGAGAUCUCCGCAUGAAGAACUGCACCACCUUCUUCUAUGAUAUCAGACAGAGUGACAGAGGAACAUAUUACUUUAGAUUAGAGGCUUUAGGAAAACUGAAAUUAACGUAUAAUUCUCCAUCAGUAUCAGUAAGACUGCGAGCAUCUCCAAUCAGCCCCUCAAUAACACUGUAUAAGGAGGAUCAGGGGGAGGUGGAGGACCACAAUGAGGUGGUGGAGGGAACUUCACUGAGUCUCAUUUGCUCUGCUCCAGCUGCUCCAUGUCUCUUAAAGCCUCCCACUUUUACAUGGAGCUUCCUGCCUGAGGAGAGAAGACAGGAGCAGAACCACAACACCAGCUUCAGCUCCUCAAAGCUGAACUUCAACGCUACUCACCUGCAUCAUGGACUCGAUUUCACCUGCACUGCCACCUACCAGCUCCAGAACCAUAACAAAUCAGUACAGAGCUCUUAUACUCUACUUGUUCUGUAUGGUCCUAGAGACACAUCAGUAUCAGUGUCUCCAUCUGAUUCAGUACUUUUGGGCAGUUCAGUGUCUCUGAGUUGCAGCAGUGAUGCAAACCCAGCAGUGCUGAACUACACCUGGUACAGAGAGAACGGAGAGCAGAUAGGAACCGGAGACCAUCUCACCAUCAACACGACUGAUUCUACACACAGUGGUUUAUAUUACUGUAGAGCUCAGAACCAGCACGGAGAUCAGAACACAUCUGUGUUCCUGGAUGUUCAGUAUGGUCCUAGAAACACAUCAGUAUCAGUGUCUCCAUCUGAUUCAGUACUUUUGGGCAGUUCAGUGUCUCUGAGUUGCAGCAGUGAUGCAAACCCAGCAGUGCUGAACUACACCUGGUACAGAGAGAACGGAGAGCAGAUAGGAACCAGAGACCAUCUCACCAUCAACACGACUGAUUCUACACACAGUGGUUUAUAUUACUGUAGAGCUCAGAACCAGCACGGAGAUCAGAACACAUCUGUGUUCCUGGAUGUUCAGUGUGAGUAUUUAUGAAGUUUAAACACAAGACUAUUUUAAAACUCCUUAAUGUAAGACAAUACAUAAUUGUUUUUGUAAGUUCUUAUAGUUUCAUUACUUAAGAUUUAGAGAUUUAUUUGUCACAUGAACAUUUGUGACAGGUUCAAAGGGGCAGUAAAAUGAUAUGCAGAAGGUCCGUGACUACACAGACAAUAUAAUAAUGUGUGUUGGGUAUAAGGAGAGUGCAACAUAAAAGAAAAGCAUUCAACAUUCAAUACACAUCCAGA